CGCAGCGCUUGUGGUGCUGCCACCCGUAGACUCUGCGUUAAGCAGGGGCAAUAAGCUUGGCGCCUUUUCACCUACCUUGCAAAAAUCACUUUGAGUGCCAGUUGUCGCGAAGUAAAUCAAAAACAAUCAAUUAAUGAUAAUGGUAAUAAAAAUAUUCCAGGCAUGCUGCAUUUGCUGGACUUUGCUGCUGUCCAUUCACAAUGUUUGCUGUCAAUUGGCUCCUGAAUGCUACCCUGGUGGUCAUCAGCUCCUUCAAAACCCAUACAGAAGUGUGGACUUUGAUUCACUUCGGCUGCAGCAGUCAGCAAUACAGGAGCUGAUAUGCGAUCACUCUUUAACACCAGGAUGGUAUCGCUUUCAGAUAUUUGAUAAGCCUGCAGAAAUGCCAACAAAAUGUGUAGAGAUGAAUCAUUGUGGUACUCAAGCCCCUGUCUGGCUAUCUCUGAGAGAGACAGAUUCUUUGCCACAGCUUGGAGAGAUUAAACAUUUGACUGCCUGUGCGACAUGGCGGUUUUUCUUCAGUACAACAAAGGACUGUUGCCUUUUCCGAAUUCCGGUCAGUGUCCGAAAUUGUAGUGACUUUUUCCUGUAUCUACUCCAGCCUACGCAAGGAUGCAUGGGAUAUUGUGCAGAAGUCUUGUCUGAUACACAAGAUAAACACAAAUGUGAUCCAGAGGGGAUGGAAAUUGGAAAUGCUUGCAGAGCUCCACAUCCACCAGCUCCAGCUGCUGUAGAAGUUGUGGCUGAGCUCGAUAAUGAUAGUGUUUACCUGAAGUGUUCCUUUGAGAGUCCAGCAGUGAAUCAUUCUCUUGGAUUUGUUAUUACAUGGUUCCGUCUGUCAUCUGAUGGAACCAAACAGGAGCUGCGAAAAGAAACAACAGUCCAGACGUUCUCUUUCAUUGAACUAGAUGGAAUACGUCUCAGGCUUGGAGACCGGAUAUACUGCAGAAGCUCAAGUUUCUAUUUGGAUAGUCAAGAUAAUCAAGGACCUUCUGCUGAGAGCAAAGAAUUUUUUGCUGGUAUUAAGAUUCACCCCGAGUCUUUAACUAUAGCAGAGGAUGGCAAGCAACAUAGGCUGGUGUUUGAGAGCACCAUCCCGAUCCCUUGCACAGAGUUCAGUCAAGCUGAAGAUGAGUGCAAACUCACAAUUUUGCUUAACACAGUUAAUCAAGAUUCAAUAAGUACAGAAUAUUCUGGCAUAAAUCUUGCCCUUUCAUCAUGUCAUGUGGACCUACACCGAGUGCCUUGCAAUCGAGGCAUAUGCUCCCGGUCGUCUGUUUACUAUACGGCAAUAACUGACUUUGCAAAGGAUGGUGACAGAGUAACUGAAGUUCUCUCAUUGCCUAUUGCCACUGAAAACUUCCUCUGGAAUAACUACACCCCAGAACCAGUUCAGAUAAUGGUGCAAGAUAUUCCUACUGCUUAUUGCUACUCAUUUACUGAUCCACACCUAAUCACAUUCGAUGGCAGGCGUUAUGAUAAUUAUAAAACUGGAACCUUUGUGCUAUAUAUGAGUACUGCUCGAGACUUUGAAGUUCAUGUUCGUCAAUGGGAUUGCGGGAGUACUCAUUAUCCAGCUUCUUGUAACUGUGGAUUUGUGGCUAAAGAAGGGGGAGACGUCAUCGCUUUCGAUAUGUGUAAUGGACAAAUACAUGAAACGAGGCCACAUUUAUCUGUAAAAAGUCAAAACAUGAAGGGUAACAACAUUAAGAUAACUGAAUCUUACCAAGGAAAGAAAGUAACAAUCACAUUUUCCACUGGAGCAUUCAUCCGGGCUGAUGUAAGUGAAUGGGGAAUGAGUUUAACUCUCAGAGCACCAAGUAUUGACUUUCAAAGUACCAAAGGUCUUUGUGGCACCUUUGAUGGUGAUAUGAAUAAUGAUUUUCAAAAUUCAGACGAACCUUUUGUUCAAGAAGAGAUUGAAAACCUGGAUGUUUUUAUUGAAAGUUGGAGAAUUAUGCCUGGAAAGAGUCUAUUUGACAAAAUCCCAGCUUUGCCUAUAAGUAUCAAAAGAAGCCAUUAUUGUAGUUGUAGCUCUGAUUCAAUUUGGCUACAACAGUCUUCUAAUAAACUUGAUUCUGUUCCUGAAUCAGGAACUCCAUCGGGCUGUACAGGCAAUGAAAAUGUGAGACUUUCCAGUUUAAUACCAGUGCUGGACAUUACAGCAGAGUACAUCAAUACUGUAAAGUUGAUUAGAGGAAUUAGCAGACGUGAUGCACAAAACAAGAUUACAACACCCACUUUAAGAGAUGUCCAUUAUGCCCGAUUAAGUAAACUUAACCAAACAUUGCAUUUUGCAAGGGUUUCCUACAUUGCAAAACAGAAUACCAUGCUACGAAAACGAGGAAUAUCAAGGGGACACAAGCAAAGGAACAAACAUCGGGAUAACUAUAACCGUCAAGCAAAAUCCUAUGAUCAUAGCAGAUGGAAGCGCCAGGAUUACUAUGAAGACUUGCCCACUUCCCCUCUUCAAAGUCUUACUCAGACAGACUUGGAAGGAUUCAGUUACUUUUUUCCUGAGGACCAUACUUCUGAAUUUCAGCAGGAGAUCUUACCUUCUUGGCCCACACCUUCUGGGCUGACAGAAUCAAAAGCAUUUAAUUUAUGCCAACAGGUGGUUGCUAAUUCCAGUAUUGCCCAAGCCUGUGGAGAGGUGCUUGGCCAACGAUUAAUGGAUGUCAUAGACAUCUGUUUCUUGGACCUUCAGCUUAAAGAUGACUUCAGCUGGGCAAAUAGAGGCUUAAGUUUAUUAGAAAAUGAAUGUGAAAGGAAACUUUUGGAAGCUGGGAUCUAUCAUGGAACUGAAAGUGGGGAUUUGUCCAAAGUUCCUCAGGACAUUUUGUCAGCUCUGAGGUGUCCCAAUUUUUGCAGUGGCAAUGGUGAAUGUACUGAGUGGGGUUGUGCUUGUUUUUCAGGCUUCAGCACUUAUGAUUGCAGUGUUUUAGUUGAUCAGCUUCCUGAAAUCACAGAGCUGGAAAAUUCUGGAUUGUGUGAUGUUCGACGGUAUGAUUGUACCAUCGUGAGGGUUUUCGGCAAGGGUUUUACACAGUCUGCAAGUCUAACGUGUGAAAUCAUCAAGUUGCAUAACAUCAAUGAAGAGUGGAUUCCAGCUAUGUCACAGCUGACAAAAGCUGUUUUCAUGAAUAGUCACGCUGUGGACUGCAUGAUCCCAACUGAGAUUGAUCAACCAUUUGAAAAUGUUGUCCUUAUCCAUGCCAAGCCAAUUGCAAGAUGGCAAGUAAAGAUUUCAAAUGAUGGGUACACAUACAGCAAUUCACAGAUUUUAACAUUAUUUGAUGGAGUUUGUCAAGCUUGUGAGCCAAACAUGGAUGGACUCUGUGGUUUAAAGGAGAACACAUGUAAUAUUGAUGGGCUCUGCUAUGGUGCAGGGGAUCAUAAUCCAAGUAGCCCUUGCCUUUUAUGCAAACCAGAUGCAUCCAUAUUUGAAUGGACAAUUAUUGAAAAUAACCACCCUCCAAAAUUACAUGCUUCACAAGAUAAACUGCACACUUUUGUUGGUGAAAAUUUUGUGUACCAAUUCUUGGCUACUGACCCAGAAGGUUCUGUUGUUGUUUUCAACAUGGAUUCUGGUCCUCAGGAUGCUAGUCUCUCUCCUGCCGGACUGCUUGUAUGGAGAGUUUCUUUACAGAAUAUGCAGGUCUUCACUUUGUCUCUGACAGAUGACUGUAACGCUGAAACCAAAGUGACAGUGGAGGUCACAAUAAAGUCAUGCAACUGCUUGAAUGGAGGGUCCUGCAUUACAAAUAUCAACUUCCCUCCAGGGAGCGGAGAAUACCUGUGUAUAUGUUCGACAGGUUUUGAAGGAAGCUUCUGUGAAGUAAAUAUCGAUGACUGCCAAUCCAAUCCAUGUGAGUUUGGAAAGUGUGUGGACGAAGUCAAUAGUUACUCAUGUAAAUGUCAAGAAGGCUUUCAAGGUCCCAACUGUCAAGAGGAUGUCGAUGAGUGUGUAGAAAAUCUCUGUUUUCCCACAGUGCCCUGCUAUAAUACAUUUGGCUCCUAUCGGUGUGGUUCAUGUCCUUCAGAAAUGGAUGGCAAUGGAAGUCUGUGCACACUGAAAUUAACUGAGGUCUUCAAUGAGGACUACGCUUUUGAGGAUGACGUUGCUGCAAGAGAAGAGGAGUUGCAGGAGGUGGAUGUUGUAGAUUAUGUUACUGACAUAAAUGAGAUCACAGACACAGGAUUACUAAUCAAUGAGGGUCAGCAAAGUUCCAUCAUCAACAGCUCUGGCCCUGUUCAUAUCCCUACUUUCCGAGAAGGAUGUGCCAGUAAGCCUUGCUUUGCUGGGGUACAGUGCUAUGACCACAUACCACCGGAGGUUGGAUACACAUGUGGCCCAUGCCCAUCGGGAUUUCAUGGCAAUGGCCAUUGGUGCACCAGAACUGAUUUUUCAGGUUCUCAAAGGCCCAAAGUUACCAUAACAACUGCAGGAGUCACUCCCACAUCCGCAAUACCCAGUGUAACAGCAACUACUUUCAAGAAGGCACCUUUUCAUCAUUGGACAACUGCUUAUCAUGAUUCUACAGACCAUCCCAUGAUCUCAUCUGUUGAAUUUACACUUGGAAAACCUUCAGCUGCACAAAAUUGGUCUCCCAUGUUCUUGGAAAAUAAUGAUGGGAGCAGAGAGAGCAGCACAGCAGAAGUGACAAAUAGUAAUGUAGAACCCUAUAACACGAAAGGAGAAAUGAGUAUUUCAAAAACAAUUGACCUAACAUUGACCGAGAGAAGGCCCUUAAUAAAGUCACAUCCUUCCUUUGUGACUACAACUUCAGGAAGUCUUUUCACAGAGGAUGAACUGAUGCCCGAGCCACAGGUUGUUACAUGUGCAGAUUCGCCAUGUUUUUCAGGGGUUCCUUGUGAACCAACUCUGUAUGGAGGUUUCAGAUGUGGACGAUGCCCUUUUGGCUAUUUUGGUGAUGGAGUCACUUGUAAAGCAAUGUGCAGAUAUCCAUGUGGUAGGAAUAUGGAAUGUUCUGCACCAAAUACGUGCCGCUGUAAGCUUGGAUACACUGGAUACAACUGCCAGACUGCUAUAUGUCGGCCUGAUUGUAAAAACCAUGGAAAAUGCCUGAAACCCAAUGUUUGUUAUUGCAUGCCUGGAUAUGGAGGACCAACUUGUGAUGAAGCUUAUUGUGAACCAGCAUGCCAACAUGGAGGAAUAUGUAUGGUUAGAAAUCGCUGUACCUGUCCAUAUGGCUUUGUUGGAUCACGAUGUGAAACAAUUGUUUGCAACAGACAUUGUGAAAAUGGAGGUGAAUGCAUCUCUCCAGAUGUCUGCCAGUGCAGAUCAGGCUGGAAUGGUCCCACGUGUAAUACAGCUGUUUGCAGUCCCAUUUGCCUCAAUGGUGGAACGUGUAUCAAACCCAACAUCUGCAUGUGUCCACAUGGAUUUUUUGGAUCACAGUGCCAAAAUGCAAUUUGCACACCUCCUUGCAAGAAUGGUGGUCAUUGUAUGAGAAAUAAUGUCUGCUCGUGUCCAGAUGGCUACACAGGAAAAAGAUGUCAAAAAAGUAUCUGUGAGCCAAUGUGUAUGAAUGGAGGAAAGUGUGUACGCCCCAACAUCUGCUCCUGUGUGUCAGGCUGGAGGGGAAAAAGAUGUAAUACAUCUGUCUGUAUACAGAAGUGCAAAAAUGGAGGAGAAUGCAUUGGGCCUAGUACCUGCCAUUGUCUGCCUGGAUGGGAAGGAUUACAGUGUCAAAUGCCUAUAUGCCAACAAAAAUGCUUGUAUGGAGGCAAAUGUAUUCUUCCAAAUGUGUGUUCUUGUCGUCCAGGAUAUACCGGAAUCAUUUGUGGUAAGAAGAUACCAUUGAAACUGGGUUAACUUGACCCCAGUAUCUAAUUUCUUCUAGCAAUAAUGGACAUUACGCUGAAUUUGACUGAGAACUGGAAAUUAACAUUGCUCAAUUAUUAACAUUGCAGAAUUAAAUUAAACCAUGCACAGAUACUUAGAGCUCUGUAUUAAACUGUAGGGCUAUUCAGAGGUUUGAGUAAUUUGGUGUUUAUAGCUAAGUAAUGAGGUAUUGUAAAGCAAAUGUAUUGGCUCUCAUAUCACUUCCUCUUGUAGCUUUACUACCUCAGUGCAAUGCUCAAGCGUUCAUUACCGGACACUUGGAACUUCACCUGUUUUUGUGAAACAUUUACAUAAUCUCCACCUACUGUGGAACAUUUUAACCUGAUUUGUUUACUAAAUUUUAGCAGAAAAUCAAAUUGUUUCUAAGAUUUAUUUUAAUUGCAUUGGAACCUCAUUUGAAUUAUUUGCAGUUACAACUGUGGGAUCUGCAACCACACUGCUAAAUGUAAUCCCACAAUAACAUCUCCCAGUGCUUUUCCCAUAGUGUUGCACAGAAAUUGACGACAAUUUGGAGUGGCUUGUGGUAAAUAAUUUAGAAUGAUUUCAGCUCGUCUUCCUUAUUUACAACAGGUUAGCAGAUCUCAAUGUCAGAGUUCAGAGGGAGGAACUCAUCCAACCAGACACUUUCCAAGUGGAAAAGCAUUUAAUCAAGGAAAAUGAUCCCUUAUGUAACAGACUAGAAAGCUAACAGUAUGCUUAGGAGACACAAGAGGUUCUGCAAAUGUUGGAAUCUGGAGCAACAAAAUGGUGGAGAAACUCAGAGUCAGACAGCAUCUAUGGGGGGAAAUGACCAGUCAGCAUUUCAGACUAGGACCAUUUAACAAGAAUAGUUCCUCCAAAAUUUUGUAUGUGUUGCUUGUAUUUAAGCUCAAAAUAUACCAUGCUAACAUUAAGAUUUGAACAUUUAAAAUCUCUCACCAGGCUUUGAGCAGUAUUUUAAGAGACAUUACCCCAUUUGUAUUAAAUACCACAUUAACAUAUGAACCAAGCAACAACAUAUGCUAGAGGUUCAUUCACUAAUAUCCCAACAAUUUGUAUUAUAGAUUAAAUCAAACAUACUUAAAUGUGUAAUAAGUAUUUAUUGUGGGGGGGGGGGGGAAGAAUUUCAUCUUGGUCAAGCUGAACUAAUGCAAACUUUUUUUAAACAGUAAGUUACUAAAACUAGUUAGGUACGCCAUUUACUUCACUACCAUGGAUGUUUUUAUCCCAGAUGUGGUGGCUCAAAACUAUAGUUCAGUAUUGUCUUAACUUCAUCUACAAAUCUCUGCCACUUAUGUAACAUAAUAUUUAAGUAACCACAUUAAGUGGGCUUCUAGGAGAUGCAUAUACUUGUGCAUAUUCUACCAGAACUGGAAUUAUUACUACAAUUUACCUACAACCAUACAGUGCACUUUUGUACGAACAUCCCAUACAUUCAGAAUAAGGUUUGGAAUCUUGUCUAAUUGGUUAUAUUUUCUUUUACAUAAAGUAAUGUUUUAUACUGUACUAAAUUAAGAAAUUGAUAAAAAUCAUCAUUUUAUCAUUGAAUUAUAAGAUUAGCUUUGGUUUUAAGAAUUUGAUGUCCAAGUUCAUGGAAUUCAUGCACAAUGUGUUGAAAUGUUCCCUUUAAUCCAGUUGCAUGUUUCUGACUUUUAUGCCAUACAAUAUUCAUCUUAAGACAUUUUUAAAUAAAGGUGCUCAUAAAGUUUGUUGAAGUAUGUUUGAAAUCCAGUAAUCUAAAUCAAUUAAUCCAAAUUAUUUGUUUUAAACUAUUUCUUUAGAUGUGACCCAUCAAAAAUGUUUAAGAUUUGAUUAUCAAUUAUUGAAAAAUUGUUGCAUAAUGUGUAUAUACCAAAUGUAUUCUUAAUGCCUAAGUUGUUUUGUUUAAUUAACACUGUACAUAUAUAUUACA